GGCCCCGAUUCUGGAACGGAAACAUUAAAGGUAUGGCCGGUUUGGUGAGAGUGAACGGACAGACCUACGAGUUUAUGGGUCACCCGACUCAGGACGACAUCGGCACCAAAUUGCAGGCCAAACAGGUGUCCCUUAAGGUGACUCCCACUCAGUCUAUAUUCACGUUCAAUGCCGGCCCCAUCGCACUGGCAGUCAAUUUCUUCACACCCAUCGACCCGACAGAUCUCAAGCGACUGUCACUCCCGGCCUCUUAUAUAUCUGUGAGCGCCUGGUCUCUGGAUUCUGACACUCAUGAGGUUGAGGUAUAUCUCGAUAUAUCUGCCGAAUGGACGUCCGGUGACUCCAAUGAAGAGGUGGUUUGGGAAAUGAUUGAAGUCAUAGGAAGUAAUACUAUACUUAACGCCGAUAUGAGACUCAAGAAUCAGAAACCCUUUCAGGAAACAGACCAAUUUGAGGCCCAAUGGGGAACAGUCAAGUUCUUCACCGAUACCACAGUCACUCAUGAGAUCAAUGCCUGUCCAACAAUGCGCUCACAUUUUGUAAAGAAUGGUAAACUCGACAAUACUAUUGACCAGAAGUUCCGCAAAAUCAACGACAACUGGCCGGGUGUCGGAUACGCCCGCACUAUGACUGCCAGUCCACUGAAAGAUAGGGCGCCCAGUGUUGCCUACUAUGGUGUGGCACACGUUAGACGACCCGCUAUUGAAUACACGGACUCCCAGUUGAAUCAGCUCUGGGAAGACUAUUUCAAUGGCGACGCUAACAAAAUGGUAUAUUAUGUCUAUGAGGACAGGGAGGACGCCCUUAAACGUGCCAAUGCUCUCGACGACCGGGUGGUCGCCGACGCUAAGAGGGUCGGAGGGGACAGUUACGUCAAAAUAGUGUCAGCCGCGCUCAGACAGGCUUACGGCGCUAUUGAACUGAUGGGCACAGUAUCCAAGCCAUGGAUGAUGUUGAAGGAGAUCUCAUCCAAUGGCAAC